AGUACUAUUAAUUCUGACAUAACCAACUUCUGUUGAGCCAGAAUGAUGGUUUCAAUAGCCUGUUUGUUGUUCCUGUUCAUUGCCACUGUUGCAGUACUUUCGUUUUGCUAAUCAACAAGACAUAGAAAAGGGAAAAGAUAACAUUGUGUCACCUAUGACGCCGUAUGAUGCCCAAAAUUAACUUAAGUUAUAAAAAACCUAAAGAAGCAUUAAGAUUAAAAAUUAUGGUACCUCGCAAAUGCUCCAGAUAACAUGAUCUGAAAAUAUGAUCUCUUUGUUAUGCAACUCAAAACUGCAGUUGUAGACUAAACACUUACGCAGUUAAAAAUUGGAAAUUUCAUUUUAAUUUUAAACCUAUAAGUGUUUAGACCACAACUGCAGUUUGAGUUACAUAACUUUGAGCUAGUACAUCUGAAAUGUAAACCGUAUAAUUAAACGUGUUUGAACUAUAAUUUUUUUCUGAUGGAUAAUUUAUUAAAAAUGAUAAAAGUUAUACCGUGUCAGUGAAAACAAAAUAUUAAAAAACAUCCCGUGAUAAUUGAAGAGUCGGCAAACAAAUAUUUUAACUUUCUAAAAUUAAAGUUACGAACGUUGAACAAGAAAAGACAUACAUGCCGAGAAAUCGGAUAGGAGAAUCUAUUAACAAUAACGAUCGAAACGUUACAAAAAGUAAGUUUAAAUACCAUUUUUAAGUUUUCAUCAUCUACGGAUUCAACUGUUAAAAACACAUUAAAGGCGGUAACAUCCGAUUGAAUGCUAAUAAACACCAAUAUACAAUAUUAAUUAAUAACAUUAACACAAUAAAUGUUAUUUCUCUAGAAAACUUGCUAUUAUUACGAUAUAUAAAAUAAAAGUUUUUCUAAAAUCAAAUUUAACGGGCAAAAGUAAAAAAUCAAAAAUAAACUACAUUUGGAAUGGUAAAAUGAUUAGGGUUGGUUUAGUAGAAGUCGAAAAUAAAUGGUGUGAAUUAACGAGAGAAAGAAAGAAAAGGUACCAGAUGCAGAUUAAAAAACGAAUCAACAGUGUUUUACCCUAUCCACUAGACCCAAAGAAACCUUUUGGUCUUCUCUUUUAUUUUAUUGUCUUGUAACAUUAAUUGUAUGUUUAAAAUUCCUAUAUAAAUCUCAUUCCCAUUCUCUUCUUCCUCAAUCUUCCUCGUUUCCUCAGAUCUGUUUCCACUUCAGUUCAACAAAUAUAGAGAGAACUAGAGUGAGAGAGAGAGUACAUUUUCUCUUCUCAAACUUGGGAAGGUUGUUCUACUUUAAUAAUGGUGAAUCCUUAUCCUGGAGCGAUGCAGGUUGGUUCGUACUUUGUGGAACAGUACUGUCAAGUGUUGCAGCAGCAGCCACAUCUUAUUCACCAGUUUUACUCCGAAUCAAGCAAAAUGAUCCGUGUUGAUGGUGACUCUAGCGACUCUGCCGUUACCCUACUACAUAUUCACAACAUGGUCAUGUCACUGAACUUCACUGCCAUCGAAGUGAAGACAAUCAACUCAGUAGAGUCCUGGGAAGGUGGUGUCCUUGUGGCCAUUUCAGGGUCUGUGAAGACGAAGGAGUUCAUCAACAGAAGGAGUUUCAUGCACACUUUCUUCCUUGCUCCUCAGGAGAAGGGUUAUUUUGUUCUCAAUGAUAUCUUUCAGUUCAUCGAUGAAGGACUUGUCUUCUCUCAUCAUCAGUCCUCGUGUUUGUCUGAAACCAAGCACGAGGUUCGGCUCAAUCCUCCAAGCCCUCAUCCUGAACCUCAAGUUCAUGAUGAUUAUGUUCUGGAGCAAGAGGCAAGUGAUUAUGUGAAUGCGGUCCAAAUCAAUGAUGAUCUUGUCGAUAAGUACAGUCUGCAAGAGGAUCUACAUCAGCCUCUGCAUGAAGACUACUAUGAGGAUGAAGUUGCGGUUGAGGAAACACCUAGGGAGGAAGUUGUACAUGAACCUCGGGCUGCACCACCCCCAGAGGAACCCGUUGGCGAAAAGUCCAAGAUGAGUUAUGCUUCCAUUCUACGGGUUGCGAAGGAAGCAGCUGCUGUGCCUGUAGCUGCUACACAACCAUCAUAUAACAAGAACUCUCUAGAGAAUAAUGACUGGGAUCAACAACUACGGAGUCCUUCCCCUCAGCUGGCCGCGCCUCCUGCUUCUGCUCAGCAAUCAAACGCUUUUACUGACUAUGGAGCAGAGGCGGAUGGUGGCUUUGGAUUUGAAGACUUUGAGAUCAAAUCAGUGUACGUUAGGAAUCUGCCUUCCAACAUAUCUGCUUCAGAGAUCGAGGAGGAGUUUAAGAACUUCGGUACAAUCAAGCCUGAUGGUGUUUUCCUCAGAACCCGCAAGGAUGUUAUUGGCGUUUGUUAUGCUUUUGUUGAGUAUGAAGACAUGGCUUCCGUCGAGAAUGCUAUCAAGGCUUCACCUAUAUAUUUGGGUGGAAGACAAGUAUACAUCGAGGGACGAAGACCCAAUCCCGCUGGUGUACGCGGAGCAAGAGGAAGAGGGCGCGGGAGAGGCGGUUACCCAACAGAAGCACCAAGAGGCCGGUUUGGUUCCCGUGGUGUGUCCGGGAGAGGAAACCAGGAAGGAGGUGGUGACUACAGGCCAAGAGGCAAUGGUAACUACCGUGGUGGUCGCUAAGGAAAGAAGAAACGCAGCUGAAUCUCUUAUAUAAGUUUUAGGGAAACCAAGAGUGAAUGAUUUAAGAGGUUCUCGUUGUUCCUUCAUCUACCACCGAUGUAGUUUGUAACAUUUUGCCUUUAGUUAUAUAACAUUUCAAUUUUUGUUUUUCCUUUUAACGUUGGCUUGAGUUUUUCUUUUGGUUCAUAGUUAAGGAGGUGACUACAACAGGCCUUGUGUUGCUAUUUCUUUUCUUUGGUUUGAGUAAACUCUUAUCGCUCAGAACUU